AGAGCAUAAUAACUUGAGAUUCAAGAACAGCCAAAAUGGGUUCCAUGCGUGUAGUACUAGUGGCAGUGUUGUGUUCAUUUGCUUUGCAUGCAGGGUUUUCUGUAACUAAUGCUCAGCUUAGUCCUACGUUCUACAGAACAACAUGUCCAAAUAUAUUCAAUAUUGUGUUUCAAGUCAUCUUUCAAGCUUCCACCACCGAUCCCCGAAUUGGGGCCAGCCUUCUCAGGCUUCAUUUUCAUGAUUGCUUUGUUCAAGGUUGUGAUGCAUCAGUUUUGUUGAACAACACUGCUACCAUAGAAAGCGAGCAAGAUGCAAUUCCAAAUAACAAUUCAAUAAGGGGCUUGGACGUAGUCAAUAACAUCAAGACAGCGGUGGAAAAUAGUUGUCCAGGGACAGUUUCUUGUGCUGAUAUUCUUGCCAUUGCAGCUGAAGUAGGUUCUGUUCUGGGAGGAGGUCCAGGAUGGCCAGUUCUAUUAGGAAGAAGAGAUAGUUUAACAGCAAACAGAACCCUUGCAAAUCAAAACCUUCCUGCUCCUUUCUUCAACCUCACUCAACUUAAAGCAGCCUUUGCUGUUCAAGGUCUCAACACCACUGAUUUAGUUGCACUCUCAGGUGGUCAUACGUUUGGAAGAGCUCACUGCAGCACAUUCAACAACCGAUUAUACAACUUCAACAACACUGGAAACCCUGAUCCAACUCUGAAUACAACUUACUUAGCAACACUGCGUCUGAUAUGCCCCCAGAACGACACUGGGAAUAACCUCACCAAUUUGGACCUGACCACACCUGAUCAAUUUGAUAACAAAUACUACUCCAAUCUACAGCACCUCAAUGGCUUACUUCAGAGCGACCAGGAACUCUUCUCUACUCCUGGUGCUGAUACCAUUCCCAUUGUCAACAGUUUCAGCAGUAACCAAAAUGCUUUCUUUGCCAACUUCGUAGCGUCAAUGAUAAAAAUGGGAAAUAUUGGAGUGCUGACAGGAACUGAUGGAGAAAUUCGCACCCAAUGCAAUUUUGUGAAUGGAAACUCGUUUGGAUUAGCUAGUAUGGCGUCCAAAGAUCCUAAGGAAAAGAGGGUUUCUCAAUAUUAAUAAGUUAAUGGAAAGUGUCAGCUGUAAAAGGAAAAUUGGAGGUUGUAAACCUCUUUGCUAUAAUAUUGAAAUAAACCACAGAAAUGUGCAUGCAGACGUGAUUUUGCUAUGCACCUGUUAUGUGUUUA